AUGUCGCCUCCAAUGGAACACUCGAUGGAGUCGUUCCCACUCUUCAUCCGGCCGGUACCGUGCCGCCUGGCUCGGGCGAAUCUGCUCGGCGAGGGCACCAAGUCAAAUUCGGGGAGAAUUGUCACGUGGACCGCCACGGAGGAGGAUCUGUUGAGCGGUAGGGGGCUGCUCUCUCUCGUGGACGUCAAGGAGAGCAGCUGA